AUGGCGGGAACAGCGUUGUCGCGACAGCUGCGGCAAAUCGCCCUCUCGACGGGCCCAACUGCAGCUGAUGUCGUCACCAAGUCGAGCGGCAAACGGGGGGCGCACAUUAGGCCGUCCCUUAUUUUCGAGGCCAAGGAAGCCGCUGACGUGGACGCGGAAACCAUCUUACACAUGGCGCAAGCAGGUCUGGCGGAGCUGGUGGCGAUGGACGCGCGCUUCAAGCCGUUUCUCAGCACGCUCUUCUCGCCCGCCAGCCUGCAGACGGAUCGCGACGACGAGCCGCCCGACGUGGUGGCGGCGCUGGACCGGUCGAUCGACGCGUUCCUCAUGCUGCUCUCCGACGCGCUGCUGCUGCCCGCCAGCCACAAGCCGCUCGAGUACCUCAUCCGCAAGUACCGGGUGCAGCAGUGCAACGUGGACUCGCUGGUGCUGGCGGCGCUGCCGUACCACGAGACGAGCCUCUUCGUGCGCAUCGUGCAGCUGCUCUCCCUCAAGCACUCCAAGUGGGCACCAGUGCUGCACGGCUGCAAGGCCAAUGGCGCGGCAAUCCCGAGGGCGCAGCUCGUGCAGAGAUGCGUCAAGGAUGACUCCUUCUUCCAUACCAUGUGCCAUGCGGCGGAGAAGGCGGCCACCUGUGUGGUCCGGGGCGGCCCUGCAUCAGCGGCUCCCCCCACGGCGCCUGCAGCGCCCGCCAUGCGGCUGCUCACCUUCACGAGCGUGCUGCUGCUGGAGGCGCUGGCUGCCAUGCGCGUGUCCGUGGACGCACUCUCCCACCUGCUGCCCUUCAUCCUCAACGGCCUGCAGCCCUCCGCCGUGCAUGAGCACAGGGUAUUCCUGCUGCCUCUGUCCCCCCUCACUGUGCACCUCCUCCCCUCACCAUGCCAUGCUGCUCUCAACCCAGCGUGCCAACUGGCGGCCAUGAUGCUGGUGUCGCAGCUGGCCAACCGCUCGCAGCUCUCCACGCAGGUCGUCAACUCCCUCCUCGUCGCCCUCCUCUCCCCCACCGCUGCCACUGCCUCCGCUGCCCGCACUGCGCGCGACAUGAGAGCACCACCGAGCGCCAUCUCCAUGGACGCCUUCCUCGUCGUCGUCCACCUCUCCGCGACGCAACGAAUCCUGUCUCUCCCAUCCAGGGCGGUCACCAACAUUCUCACAGACAAGUACGUCCGAUCCAAUGGCACGAGUGUCAUGCCGCACUUUGUGGAUGUGCUGAGCGCUGCGGCACACAAGUUCAACACGGCCAAGAUUCUCAACCUGCUGGCUGACACACUGCUGCCCAAGAUUGCAACAUCGCAGGCAGCGGCGGAUGUGCUGCUGGCCAUGCUGCGCCAGCUGCCGCGUGCAGCACUCUCCCCUCUCGUGCCUCGCCUCGCCCUCUCCCUGCUGCGCUUCGCCGUCGGCAAGGGCCUGCCACAGGGGGCACCCGUGGUGCUCUCCUCCCUGCAACCUCGCAUCCAGCCGCUACUGCUGGCCCUCUCUCUCAAGUUCACCUCACCGACUGAUGCUGCCAUCGCUGCAGUCUUAGAGUCGCUCGCAUCCGCUCCUGCCGAGCGCGCCACGCUCGUGUCCUUCCUGGGCACCGCCCUCUCUGCCAGCCCCUGUGCACUGCAGCAAGUCGAUGCCCCUCCUGCUGCCACGGGGACAAGCGUGCAGCAGCAGCAACAGCAGCAGAAGCAGCAGCAGCAGCAGCAGCAGCUGUUGUCAGUUCAUUUGGCAAUCGAUCAUGCACAAUGGCAAGUGCGGAAGGCAGCAGUGGAGCAGCUGCCAGGGCUCAUGGCGGCAGCAGGGAAGCACGUGGACACGGACGAGGCGGCUCAAGGCGAGGUGCAGUCAUUUGUGUCAUCUGCGCUGCAGCGGCGACUGGCAGAUGACAGCUGGGAAGUGCUGCACGCUGCUGUCACCUCUCCGCUCCUCCCACAUGCCCUUUCUGCCUCUCUCCUCGUCGCCCCUCUCAAAGCCAUUCUCCUCCGCCCGCUGCCGCCUGCCUCCGAGCCUCUACCUGCUCACAUCAAGGGUAAAGGGCUGCUGCUCUAUCAGCUUAGCACCGCCCUUCACCUCCUGCGCACGGCUGUCAUGGGGCCAGCGCUCAAAACAUAUCCGGGGGAAGACGAGGGGCAGGGAAGCGAGGAGGGGGAGGAGGGGAGAGCGGGAGGUUUGGUGCAGGGGGUGGCGGAGGAGGUGAUGCCACAUGUGCUGCUGUCUGCUCUCAUGCCCUCUCAGGUGACAAUCCCCUUCCCCAACCACAACCCCGCUCUCUCUCCCCCUGCCAUGCAACUCAUGUUCUCUGCUUCUUACUAUUCGCCUUCCAAGCUGACACCCUCUCGCCCAUCAUUCCCUCUUCCUCCCUCUUGUCCCCACCCCUUUGUGCAGCCCUACUGUCCUUCCAGUCCCCUCGCCAACCCCCAAAUGCUGCACGAGGCUCUUCUCAUGGCACAGCAGCUCGCGCCCCACUUCCCCCUCUUCCUCCACCUCCCCUCCCCUUCACUCGCUUCCCUCUCCUUGCCCUCUUUCUCCACCUCCGAUGCCCUCUCUCUCGUAACCUUCGCCCUUGCUGUUGCCAUCACACCACCUUCCCUCUGUUCCGCACAACGAUCUGCCUCAAAAGACAUGUGGCGCACUGCCAUUCGCUUCAGCCGCUCUGCUUUUGCUUCAACCUCUCCUGCUGGGCGACAGCUGUUGCUGCUUGCACUUCUUGGAGCAGCACACAGCCUCCCUGCCACGUCAACCUCGCUGGAAUCAGCACUGCAGUCACGUGAAAAUGUUGCCGUGGCAGGGAGCACGGAACUCCAAGAGGCGAAGGAAGGAGGAGUUAUGGAUUUUGCGGAGGAGGCAGUGGGUCUGGUGCAGGAUGCGUGGAAGGCAGUGGUGGCGCAGGCAGUGCAUGGGAGUGGAGGGGUGGGGGAGAAGCGACGGAAGGGUGCUGCCUCUGUCCACCUGGAUGCGCUGCUCUCCUCUCUCGCUCAGGCCGCAUUCUCAGCAGCUCCAGACGUGCACGCCAAGAUCUUCACACUGCUCUCCACACUCCCCGCCUCCUCCAUCGACUCCCACAGCCUGUCAGCCGACCUUACCAUCUCAUGCCUCUCAUCCCUUUUGAGGAAGCUUCCAGGAGCCACCCGGAUAAGUGAUAGUGUGUCAGGACCACGUAAGCAGCGAGGUGUUGUGGCAGGACGCGUGUUUGAGCUGCUGAUGGGCACAGCAAGUCCCAAGGCAGCUGCUCUGGCGGCAACACGCAUUGCUGGUGCAGUGCAAGCAAGGGCGGGGAGGCAGGAGGGAAAGAGCGAUGGUGAGGGAGGCGGGCGAGUGGAAUUUCAAGAGGCCAUGUUGCAGGCUGUGAGGGACAUGGGUCUACAUGCAGGGGAGACGGCAGAAGGGGAAGAGGGCAGCACGGGGCAGCAAGGCAUAUCUUCUCUGCUGCAGCUGCUGCUUGCACGAUUCGCCACUCGAGCCUCCCUCCUCACGUUUCUGGACCCCUUCCUCCUGCCCUCGGUCUCGUCUCACUCACCCUCCCUCCAACUAGCAGCGCUCUCCCUCCUCCCUGCUGUAGCUGCUGCUGCAGUGCCAGGGGACGCCAAGGCCAAUGAGGAGCUGCCACAUGUGCUUGUGGGAGUGCUGUUGCGCCUUAUGGUGGCGGUGCAGAGCCCUCUCAAGCCUGUUCGCAAGGCCGCUGUGCACGCGUUCGCGACCCUCACGCAGGCGACUGCCACUCUCCCCAGUUCCUCGUCCGCAGUGCCCUCUCCCUCCUCUCUUUCGCUCCUUGCAUCCACUUUCUCAACCGCCAAGGAUGCUCUCCUCUCGGACCCCUCCCUACCACUUGCCCUCUCCUCCUCCACUAUUGCCCUCUCGCUGCCCGCCUUCACACCUGCUGCAUCCUCCACCUCCAUCCCUCCCAAACCCUGCCAAGCUGCUGCUCUGCUCAUUCGUCUGCUGGACCCCUCGUGUGCUGCGUCCACUGGCUCCAGCUUGACUCCCUCUGAUCGUACUGCCCUGCUCUCAGCUCUCUUCAAUGCUGCCAUCAGCCUUCCCCCAUGGCCUCAGGCCCUGGCUGUCCACAUGCUCGCAUCAAUUCCAGCAGUCACUGCUCUCCUCCCGCUGGGCCUACUGCCGCCUCGCCUGCACAAGCUGCUCUCCCGCCGCCUGCACUGCCACCUGCAGCAGGCACAAGGUGCUUCUGGGCCGCCACUGCCACACAAGACAGCAUCAGUGGACGCAGCAGCACGGCUGGGGGGGAGGCUGGAACUGGAUGAGGUGCACCUGCUGGCUGUGGGCUUGCAGCUUGUAGCUGCUGCCGCAUCAGGAGGUGGGCAGGGAGGGGCUCAGGACGAGGAGAUGAGGGAGGAGGGAGGCGAAGGAGAGGAGAGUCCGAAAGAUGGGAAGGAGAAAGCGCAGCACACAGCAGGGCAUGGGGUUACUGCGCUUGACAUUGCACCGCUGUUGCUCAUGGCAAUGCAGGUACAGGGUGCCAUGUCAGCCGAUGACGUGGCAGUGGAGGCCCCAUCCAUCACGGCAGCAGGUGUGGUCACAAAUGACUUCUUGGAGGCUCUGCCAGACACCUACCAGGUGAGCCGGGCUUGCCAUUGUUCCGUCAUCCGUUUUUUCUUUUUCCAUUCUCUCAGCAGCAACAUCAUCAACCACUCGUCUCCUUGCUUUGCUGCAUUCCACUCCCUCCCUCCAACCUCUGCCGCUUCACCUCGUCCUCCUCAGGAUGGGCUCGUGGCGAGUCUGCUCUUCCUCAUGGCAGCAUCUGAGGCCUCGCCUGCAGCGCGCCAGGCAGCCAAGGAGGCACUCCGGCGCCUCAAGGCGACCAGCUCCAACAAGCCACACAUGGGUGCCUAUGUGCCGCUUUCUGACUCGCUGCCAGUGGAACUACGUGUGGCUGCCGCAACUGGUCUGCUGGAGAUGCUGCUGUGGAAGGAGGACGUCACAGCACAGCAGAUCAUCCAGCUAUUCCCGUCGCUGGCCACGGCCAUUAGCUCUGUUCUCUCCCACCGCUGGCCGAUGCUACCAGCACCCAACUCCAAUGAUGCAGAGGAAGAGGGGGGAGAGCAGGGAGGGCAUCAGGCAGAGGAUGGAGAGGGCGAUGUGGCAGGGAGUGAGGUUGCAAUGAGCGCCCAGAUGUUGGGAGCCGUUGAAUUCGUGCUGCAGCUGGUGCUGACGGUGGCACGCAACGCCCUCUCCUCACACACGCACGUGGAGGAGGGACAGGACGAGGCAAUGGAAAGUGAGGGGGGGGAGGAUGAAGAGGGCAUGGAGCAUGGGGAGGAGGAGUGUGUGGUGCACAUGGUGGGGGCGGCAGUGGAGGUAGUGAAGGGGCGGAGGGACCCUGCCACUGCGAGUGCAGCCAUAGCGGUGCUGGCAGCUGCUGCAGAGAGGCAGCCAGAGGAGGUGAUGGAGCACGUGGUGGCAGUGCUCUCUGUUGCCACCUCAACCACCCUCGCCCUCGACAUUCGGGAGUCACACGACGCCAUCCACCGGCUCGUGGAGGCAGUGCUUCCUGCAUGGCUGCACCACAACCAGGAUGUCACUCCCCUGCUUCAGAUGGUCGUGUCAUCCCUGCCCUCCAUGCUUCAUCACCACCGCAUCGCCCUCCUCUCUGCUCUCCUCAGGUGCCUUCAUCUCUUUCCAACCCCCACUCAUCUCCUCGCUUCCUUUGCCUUGUUCAAUCCUUUUUCUCCCCUAUUCGACUUCUUGCUGGCUCCGCUUCUGCUGCUGCUGCUAACCACCACAGGCGUCACACCCUCACUUCUCACAGCACGUGCCAACAAUCCCAAAGAUACCCCUCGCUCUGCGCGGGCGCGCAGGCAGGCAGCUCUGCAGCAGCACGCAUACUGGAGGCGGCGGGGGGACAGCACAGGCGAUGAGAAGCAAGGCGAGUGGGGGCUCAGCCUGGCAUUUGAGCUCUGUUCGCAGGUUCCAGGAAGCAUCCGACUGGAGGCGUAUGUGAAGCUUUUGGAAGCCACAUGCCCUCCAAUCAUAGCGCGACGGAAGGCGAGUGCAGCAGUAGAUGAGGCAUGUGAUUGGUGGAGUGGGACGGGUCCGGAUGACGAUGUGGUUGUGGUGAGCUUUGUGGGUGCUGAGUUGCCAGCUGCAGUGGCAGCUAUGGAGGAGGAGCUGGGGAUGGAGGGAGGGGCAGAUCCAGCAGAGGGUGGGGAGGGAGGGCUCAACAAUGAGGGUGAUGCUGCAAUGGUUGACACCCAGCACCGACAGCUCUUUGUGUCUCUUCUAGAGCAUGUGGUUCUUCGCCUCCGUGCCACUGCUGCCGCUGCUGCUGCCAGUGCUGCUGUGUCCGCCCCCCUCACCACCGCAUCCUAUCCUCCUGCCCUCAAGGACAGGGCGGAUUCGGUUGCUUCAGCAGCGUAUGAGCUGCUGCAGACUCUGGAUGACGUCACUCCUAGUGGUGUGUUCCUGCAAGCGGUGCAGACGCUACUGACCAACCCCAGCACUCAUAUUCGACGCAAGGUUCUUCGGCUGCUUGCCGCCCGAGUGCGGGCCUCCGCGCCCCACACCCUCAUGCCGCAUGGCCGGGGCAAGGGUAGGAGCAAGCAGCGGUUGGCGCAGGCAGCUCAAGAAGAAGCGAGGGAGUAUGCAUCGGUGGCAGGACAGCUGGCGCACAUGGGCGCACUCGAGGGGGCUGACAGGUCCCUGGCAACACAAAUGGCUGCUCUGCAGACACUCGAUGCCAUCAUCAAGCGCUUCGCGUCGUUGGCUUCUGAAGAUUUCUCCCCGGCACUGGCCCCUCUCAUUCGUAUCAUCUCCUCUCACUCGUCCCCACCGCUCCUCUCUGCUGCUGCAUUGCGCUGCCUCUCGUCCCUCGCCUCCUCACUGCACCAUCUGCUGCUGCCCCACCUGCCUGUCCUCAUGCCGCCUCUAUUCGCCUCAGCUGACCGGGCCCUUGCUGCGGCAGGAAAUGGGGCGGUGGAGGAAUUUGGGGCAGAUGAGGGGGGUGCGGAGGAUGGGGAUGAGCAGAUGGAGGAGGGUGAGGGGCAUGGGAGAGCAGAGGUGGUGAGUGAGGGGGUGGCACAUGACCUGCUGGCUGCUGUGCUGCAGGCUCUGGAAGCCAUGCUGGCAGCCAUGGGUCCUCUCCUCUCUCCCUUCACUCCUCGCAUCCUCGCCUGCACCUGCCUCAGUCCCGUGCUUCUCUGCUGCCCCUCGACCUCGGUGAUGCAGCAUGCCCAUGCUGUGCGACAGCUGCUCAUUCAGAAGCUUCCUAUGCGGCUGCUUCUGGACCCUCUGGUCUCCUCCUGGUCCACGGCGACAGCUGCAGGCCCUGCACCCUCUGCUGCUCUGCUGCACAUGCUGGCUCGCACCGCCUCCCACAUGGACCGGGCUGCUGCCUCCACCUUCCACGCCCGCAUCUUCGACUUCCUCCUCCUCCGCACCUUCGAUGUCCGCCGUGCCCCUCCCUUUCCCCCCUCCACUGACAGCUCCUCCAAUCAGCGUCUGCCAGGUGCCACACAGAUGGUCACGGCUCCUGAUGUGGAAGGAGCAUCAGUGACGGCAAUGGUGGGGCUGGUGAUGAAGACGAGUGAGAGUGUGUUCAAGCCCAUGUUUGUGCGCGUGCUUGAAUGGGCCGCCAGUGAAUAUGCUGCUGAUGGUGAUGCCAUAUCACCAGCAGGCAGAGUGGAGCGACACCUCACUCUCUUCGGUCUCGUCAACGUGCUCUCUGACAAGCUCAGGUCGGUGUUCGUGCCAUACUUCCAGUACCUCUUCGACAUUGCCAUUCGCCACCUUGUUGGCACUAGUGAUGCUGCCAAGGGGGGGAUUAAGAAGAAGAGGCGCAAGUCAGCAAGCGUGGCAGCAGCAGCAGAGGACAGCAUUGCACAGUGGCAGCUGAGGCACCUGGUGGUGUGUGCGCUGCACAAGUGCUUCCUCUAUGACUCCAACGCCGCCUUCUUGGAUGCAACACGCUUCCAGGCUCUCUUGGAGCCUCUCAUAUCUCAGAUCGACAGAGAGCCUCCAGCUGGGGUGGCUUCCAUUGUUUCUACUCCGUCUGCUCCAGAAGCUCUCUCGGCGGCGUCUCAGCUUUCAGAGGCACACCUGAUGCUGGAGCCCUACAUUGCAGCGUCUGUCCCAAGCAUCAGCGCCGUGGAUGAUGAGCUCGUGACAUGCCUCGGUGAAAUGACCAUUGCAGGGGGGUCUGAUAUCCUCUGGAAGCAGCUCAACCACCAGGUUCUGAUGUGCACUAGGAGUGAGCGGGUGCGGUCGCGUCAGCUGUCUCUGCGUGUUGUCAACGAGAUCGUGGAUCGGGUUCGCGAAGAGUACGUGGUGCUGCUGCCCGAAUCCAUCCCCUUCUUGGCGGAGCUGCUGGAAGAUUCAGACGCCAAUGUGGCUGAGAGUGCGAAGAGCCUGGUGAAGAAACUGGAGGAGCUCAGUGGUGAGGAACUCACCCAGUACUUUUAA